AUGGCUCAAAAUUUCCUGCCUGGUGUAUUGGUGGCUGGGGCGCCGCAGCUGCGGCCCGCAGCAGCAGCAGCAGCAGCAGCAGCAGGAGCAGCAGCAGCAGCAGGAGCAGCAGCAGCAGCAACAACAGGAGCAUCAGCAGCAGCAGGAGAAGGUAGCACCGAAGACAAGAGCGGUUCUGCAGCAGCAGCAGCAGCACCAGGAACAGCAGCAGCAGGAACAGCAGCAGCAGGAGCAGCAGCAGCAGCAGGAGCAGCAGCAGCAGCAGCAGAAUCAGAUGAUGAUGAAGCAGCAGGCAGCACAACACCUGCCCCCCCCUCCCCCAUGCACCUUGCUGAGCAGCAAGAGCUGCUGCAGCUGACGAGGGUUGUUGCUGCUGAUGCGCAGCGAAAGAGAGGGGGAGAGGAGGCCCCUCUCUUUGGCUCUGCACAGCCACCAGCAGCAGCAGCAGCAGCAGCAGCAGCAGCAGCAGCAGCGGAGAGCAGCAGCAGCAAAGAGGAAGAACUGCUGCUGCCGCAGGCGAAACACCCCAGCAGCCCAACGAAACGCAGCUGGAGUAUCAUAGAAACAGAGCAGCAGCAGCAGCAGCAGCAGCAGCAGCAGCAGAUAAAAAGAAGACGCGAAGACGAUUCAGCAGCAACAGCAGCAACUGCAGCAGCAGCAGCAGCAGCAGCAGCAGCAGCAGGGCCCCGCAUGCCGCGGCCUCCUCCCCCGCAAGUUUCUGCUGCUGCUGCUGUUCUAUCAGCUCAAUGGUAUGGGGGUGCAUGCGGCAGCGUGCUGCCUCUGGGUGUAUCUGCUUCUGCUGCAGCAGACGAAGACCAGCAGCAGCAGCAGCAGCAGCAGCAGCAGCAGCAAGCAGCAGCAGAUGAUGCUGAUGCUAAGCCUGUAUUCUGCCCCAUAUGCAACGGCCUCUAUAAAGAGCUGCCGGGGGGGGGGCCGGGCGAUGGGCUACACUGGAUUGGCUGUGACUGUAAGACAGCUAGCUAG